GGCAAUUUAAUUUCUCUCAACCAUAGUUAAUCUUUCGCACACUAUAUUCUCUUUUCCAAUCCACACACCUAAACCAGCGAUGUCACGUCUGAGCUCCGUCUAUAGGGUCCGCAAUCCGCCGUCAUCAGUGCGCCGCCAAACCGGCCAAAAAGAAGAUACAGUGAUCCCAAGGCUCGACUUAUCCGAAAUAACGCUGUGCUUGCAGAGCUUGGAAUUUGUUGCUAGCGAGGAACUAUUGCUGAGACCCACUGCGCAAUACGUGAGAACCUUGUAUGAUCAAGUUAUCGAUCUCUUCAUGGGGAUUUCGCCCGAAGCGUUUAACAGGAAAGUAAGAGAAUUGCAGCAGAGUGACCCGGGACCAGAUGACAUUGAGUUUGUUGACGAAUCAGUGGAGAGCUUUAACCUUAUUUUGUUGCAGAAGAUCAUGUUUCAGUUCUUGAGUAACUGCGGGUUCCACGAUUUCAAUGUUUUAGACCUUGUCCAUCCCGAUCCUCAGCGGCUUCAGAGGAUUACAAGUGCAGUGGUGAAUUUCGCCAGGUUUAGGGAAGAACACAUACUAGACUGUGAGCCGUUUUUGACCGUAAGCGAGGAAAAUUUGGAGAGGUUUAGACGAGCGCAAGAGGAAAAUGUGGAGAUUGUGAACAAAAUCAACGAGUUGGAAGGAAAGCUCCAGCCGUCAAAAUCCAAAACCACCUCCAUCGACAAAAUCAACGAAUAUAAUUCCCGUAUUGAGAAUGAAUUGAAAAAGUUGAAAAAAGUCCAGGAGAUGUUGACCAUGGAGCAUGCAAACUAUAAGAAUGAAAAGAUCAAUUUGCUCAAAAAAUUGGAGGACCACAACUACCUUAUGAUCGAAGCGAAGAAGAACUUGGACAAGAUCAAGGGUUACUUAUUAGAGAGGCCUGAAGUGCUCAUCAAAAUCAAUGAGGAUCUUCAAAACAAAUUGGACUCGGAUUCUUCUCAGUUGGCUAUCUUGGAAAACAGGUUGAGAGAUUAUUCGGCAACGAUCGAGUCUUUCCAGAUAGUUGAACAAGACUUGAGGAAUCUCUUCAAAAUCUUGGAAGAGAUUUUAAAUGAUUUGAACAAAGAGGAGCUAAACUUGAAUAAGUUGAAUAAGUUCCAGGAGCUCCACGACCUGCAAUCGAUAAGCCUAUCAAACUUGAACCGGAAAUUGCAACAGAUUACCAGACAGUUGACCAUCAAUGAAGAUAAGAUACAAAGAACCAAGAAGCAAGCUGAGGAGAAGAGAGCCAGUUUCCAAAGCAAGAUGGAGGAAUUACACUCUAAGUACGCCACAUUGGUGACGGAAAGGGACUUGAAUGAUCAAGACUUGGAGAAAAAGAAGCAAUAUAUCCUUAAUUUGGAACACAGAAUGAAUGAACUACAGAAAAACUACAAUACGGAGUUGAAAGAAACCAACUUGGAGAUUGAACGUUUGAACAACCAUUUAAAGUUGUAUCUAAGUGAGAUGGAAAAGAAGGUGAAGAACUAGGUUAUCUGGUCUGUCUGAGGUUUAUAUGGGUAUAAUUGUUAACUUGUUUCAUGCUUAGGGGUAUUGAUGGUUAUUAGAGCUGAAGAGUAAAAUAUAUGCAAUCAAAACUCCAAACUGCGGGUAAUCCGCCUGAUAUCGAGAAUGUAAAUUUA